AUGUCGGAUCCAGUCGAGGAGAUGCUCGACUUGCAGGUGCAAAGCCUCCAGGGUGACGAGCUCCAUUUUCGCCUUCCAAGUGGCACCAUGGGGCACGAGCUCUACAGCUUGGUGCGGGAGAGAAUGCCAUGUAAGGCUGGCGCCAAGGUGUGCAUCCAUCACACGGCUUCCAAGCUGCUGUUGGAGCAAAGUCUGGGAGAGCAGGGCGUGGUGAAUGCCACCCAGCUCUGCUGCGUGUACGUGGCCAUGGAUCUUCGCUCUGCCAUGGAUUUUCUGCAGGGGACAAUAUUGAAUACGGGUGGCAUUUGGAACUCUGACACCGUGAGGAGGGCAGAAAUUCAGAGCCAAUUUGCGCUUGAGGGGCUUACCACACUGACAGGCGUCAGGGCGGAGAAUUGCUUGCGACAUUUGCCCCGAGGACUUCGACAUUUGACCCUGGGCCAUGAAUUUGAUCGAAGCCUGGAGCAUGUGAUACUGCCAUCUACCCUGGAGACUCUGACCUUUGGGGCGCGCUUCAAUCGGAGACUAGACAUCAGCCUGCCAAAUGAGCUUCACAGCUUGACUUUUGGCAAAGACUUCAAUCAGACCUUGGAGCAUGUGACUUUUCCGUGUGGCCUCUGCAGUUUGACGUUUGGCCGUGGCUUUAACUGCCGCCUUCAGAACGUGACCCUGCCUAGCAGCCUUCAAACUUUGACUCUAGGCGGCGGAUUCGUUCAGAGCUUUCAGGGCGUGACCCUGCCAGACGGACUCAUGAACUUGACAUUUGGCGCGGGCUUCAACCAAAACCUGGAUGAAUUUCCUUGGCCCCGUGGCCUUCAAAACUUGACCUUUGGCGAGCUGUUUGAUCAAAACUUGGAUAAAAUGACCUGGCCAAGUAACCUCCAAACCUUGACUUUCGGGGCUGCCUUCAACCAGAGCUUGGAACGAGUUUCUUGGCCCUGCACCCUGAGAAGCUUGACUUUUGGGGAAGAGUUCAACCAGAGUUUGCAAGAUGCGAGCCUGCCGACUUUGGACCGCUUGACCUUGGGCAAAGGCUUCCAUCAGCCUCUCCCAGCGGGCGCGUUGCCCGCCACGUUGCGCGCCCUGACGCUGCGCUGCCCGCUGGACCUGUCGGAGGUGGUGCUGCCGGAGCGGCUCCAGGAGUUGACGGCUGGGCCGAAGGGCAACGGGAUGGAGAAGGUCACAUUUCCAAGGACGCUUCAAACUUUGACCUUGGGUGAUCGGUUCGACCAAAGCCUGGCGGGGCGAUCAGACUUGGCGCAACUUCAAAGCUUGACGCUGGGAAAGGACUUCGAUCAGCCUUUACCCUCAGAACUGCCAUGUUUGCAACAGCUGAUCCUGGGUGAGGAGUUCAACCAACCCUUGCAGCACCUGGCCCUGCCCAGCCUCGAGCGCUUGGUGCUGGGGGCCACCGAACGUUCGGCGCUGGGGCAAUGCCCCAAGCUGCGGUGCUUGACCUUCAGCGGAGCCUCCAAGCGAAGCUUCAAAGAGGUGACCCUGCCCGGCAGCCUGGAACGUUUGACCCUGGCUGAUAGCGACUUCGGUCCCCUGGACACUCUGUCCUUGCCCUGUGGCUUGAAGGACCUCACCUUAGGGGGUGGCUUCAACCAGAAGCUGCAAAGGUUGCAGCUACCCACUGCUUUGCAAAGGUUGACCUUGGGCGAUGCAUUCAACCGAAGCCUGGAGGGUGUCGAAUUGCCGGAUGGAUUGCAAGAGUUGACUUUCGGCCGACUGUUUGAUCACCGUCUGCAAGAUGUGACGUUGCCGGAUGGUCUUCAAAUCCUCACCCUGGGUGAAAAGUUCAAUCAGAGCCUGGAGCAAGUGACACUGCCAAGCGAACUUCGACAGCUAACGCUUGGGUUUGGAUUCAGGAUGGGCUUGGUAGGGGUGACUUUGCCGACUACUUUGCAUACCUUUGUGUGGGGAGGGCAACUGCUGAGUUGCUCCUGA